UUUUAUUAAUAAUAAUGCCUCUUAUUACAAAGUUAGUAAAACAUUUUAUUUUUUACUUACAAAUUUAUUCUUUAUUUCAGGAAAUGGAUUUACCCAACGAUUUUCAGUCACAUCUAAAUAGCAGCAAAUUAUAUUUCGAAUGUGGAAGUGAUAAAAAUAGUACUCCUGGAUAUUGUCCAGAAGUUUUUGAUACUUACCUGUACUAUAUCAGCAAUGAUGAGAUAUGCUGGCCAGAAACUCCACCAGGUACAACAGUUAAUCAUUCGUGUCCAGAAAUUUCUGGAUUUGAUCAUACGCAAUCAAUCUACAAAGAAUGUUUAGAAAACGGAAGUUGGUAUAUAAAAUCUGUGAAUGGCACGAAUAUACCUUACGUAGACUAUUCGAAUUGCUUUAAUAUGGAAGAGUUAGAUUUUCUUACAUUCAUCAAUAAGCUGACAGUUAUUGGAUAUGCGAUAUCGCUGGUAGCUCUACUUAUAUCUCUAGUAAUAUUUUUCUCAUUCAGGACACUGAAAUGCACAAGAAUUAAAAUUCAUACACAAUUAUUUAUUUCUUUUAUCCUAAAUAACGUCUUGUGGAUAGUGUGGUAUGAAGAAGUAGUUCCGUAUAUAGAAGUAACUGUAGCAAACCCGUUGUGGUGUCAAUUCCUCCAUCUUUUCAAAGAAUAUUUUAUGGUAGCCAACUAUAUGUGGAUGUUCUGUGAAGGAUUGCAUCUGCAUCUAGCUUUAGUCGUUGUUUUUGUACGUGAAGAAAAAACCAUUAAGUUGUUCUACGGAAUUGGAUGGGGAGUACCAGUUAUUAUUGUUGGGCUACAUAAUAUGGUUAGGCUGUUUUAUACAAAAGACACAAGAAAGUGUUGGUUAGACGAGUCAAGUUUUAGCCACUGGUUUUUAAGCAUUCCUGUAUUAAUUAUUUUAGGAGUUUGCACAGUAUUCUUAAUAAAUGUACUUAGAGUCAUUCUAACAAUAAUGCACCCAAACUCUCCAAAUCCGGCACCAGUGAGUAUUCGAAGAGCUGCCCGAGCUGCCCUCAUCCUCAUACCUCUCUUUGGAAUCCAAUUUAUUUUACUACCAAUGGUUCCGGAGCCCCAUCAUCCUCUGUACCACUUUUACUUAUGGUUUACUUUUAUCAUCGUCCCGUUUCAGGGUUUGUGCUGUGCAUGUUUAUUCUGCUUCGCCAAUCAUGAUGUAUGCGAAGCCUUGAAAGCAUGCAUCUAUAAUAUGAGGCAUCGAAACAUGAGGUUUAGCAGUUAUCGCUACACUGGGGCCGUAGAUAGUGCCGGCGUUUAUGUUGUCAAUGGCUCGAGUUUGCAACAUAUCACCGUGAUUCUCAGUCUAAAAAAAGGAACCAUGAAAUAACCCUACAACGUAGUAUUCUACUGGUUUCAUUUUGAAGAUUUUUCAUUUACCCAAGUAUUUUUGUAAAUAUUUAUUUAUUAUUUUUAUUUCUAAUAAAAUGUAUUGUGUUA